AUGGUAACUGUUGUCUCUUUGUUGAAGUUUAUUGAUGACAGGAUAUCUGGAAGACUGUUUGAAUCUGCCAUUUACUCACUGCCCAGUGUGGGACCGCCAACCAUUCUAGCUUAUAAACAUGAAUCCAAAGAGCAACUGAUUGAUUAUAACGCUAUAAGACCGAAGAUAAGGAGCACUUGGUUAAAAGAAGUGAAGGAAAUCAGUGAGAUUAAGGAAUAUUGGCAGUGGAGCCAGAAAAAAUUAAUGCAGGAAGAACAUGCCUUCAGUGAGGAACAGUUCAAGAGGAGUAACAGACUAAUGGUUGAAGAUUCGCAUCUUUCAAAAUCUCCCAGAAACCUAGGGUGGAACCAGUUCAGAAAAUCUGUGGUAUCAGUCGGAUUUGAUUUGUGCCAAUUUUGUGGCAAAAACUUAAAGCCCAUAGCUACUCUCAAACAACUGGGAGCAAAACCAAUUGAAACCCUCUUCUGCUGUAAGCAAUAUCGAGAUUUGUUUGAGUUCCUUCUGAAAGAAGAGGAUCUGAUGCGUUUGAAAGUUGGUCUGAAAAUGAUUGAUAUCUCUCCUCACCUUCCGUUUGGCAGUGUACUCGAGAGGGAGCAAGCCAAGGAUAAAGCAGCACUGAGGUUACGUGACAGAGAAAUGGAAAAAUAUCUGAAAAAGGCAAAAGAAGGCCAGCGCAAAAUGUCAGCUGGACCAAAAAAACUGAGUACAAUUACUUUUCAGUUAUCCACGUCAUUGGAUUUUGUAACGUUAAAGGAAGUAAAAGGUGAAAGUGAAAAUUGGGAAAACAUUUUCACAGAGUCAAGGGAUGAUUUAUUCAGUUGGCACAAGGAUCUUCAGCUAUCUUUCAUGGUGAAAUACUACAGGAAUGGGAAUAAGUUUCUUACCGCUUUCCCAGAUGGAAUGGCUCAAGUAUUCUACCCCUCUGGAAAUCUGGCAGUUCAGAUUUUUACUGACAAACAGAAGAAGAUUAACUGCAUUGUGCAGGAGGACAAGGCCAACAAUCCAGCAAUUCAGGCGGUAUUUUCCUCCUAUGGGAGGUGUACCUGCUAUCAUCCGAAUGGGGUGAUUUUCAUAUUAAAUGAGACAGAUUCUCCAGCAUCUGCAGUUCCUACUAUCUCUGAAACUGUAUCUUCCCGUUUGCUUUCUUUCAUUCAGUUCAGAAGAACAUCAAAGCCAACCCUUACAAAGAGUUUAAUAACGGAGGAUGAGCUUCUCCUUCAGGCCAGCCAGCUGAAGGUUCGAACAGCAAUCAACAAAAUGUACAUUGCUCUGAACUUUCCAAGUAACGACCCAGAAAAAAUUUCACUUCCAACUUUCCUUACUUCUCAACAACAAAGGCUCUCCCAACUCCGGGAAACUAUUAGGAUGGAAGAAAGUUUUAAAGAUGUAAAAAAGUCACCUCUGGAAUAGAGAUGAAGACACUCAAUAGGAUACAGAACAAUUUCUGUAUGGAGUCAGGGCUAGGCGUGGAGUGAUUGUGUAGUAUAUACAAGUAUUUGAAUUUCAAUUUGGACUGAAGAAUUAUCAAAAUGAAACAAAAAUCUCCAGCAACUCUCCCAGUAUUGCAUCUGGGAGUAACAUUGGUCAAAAUAAGGAGUCUGGUUUUAGGUUGAAGGUCCUGGCCUACCUUUCUAAAUCAGACCCACAAGUUUUUGAUUGUACCAGAAUAGAGGUGUUGUCUUAAAUCUUACAUGCUGUUAUUCUUAGAGUCUAUUAGGUUUAUUGUCAAGAUCACAAAUUUAUUUUUCAGACAAUUUUUGGGUAUGUUAACAUAGUGCUGUUUCUUCAGUUGAAAACAAAACUUAAUAAAACUCAAUCUUUCUAAA